UGUUGUUGAUCUGCAUCAUGGCUCUGUUGCUUCUCCUCCUAUAAUCACAGCUUUAUCUCUCCGUUAUCGGACUUGAUAUCUCCACCUCUUCCUCUUUUACCUGUUGGGCUUCUGCUAUUUCUCUCUGUUCAUCAUGGAUCUGUCCUUCAUGGCAGCGCAGAUCCCUGUAAUGACGGGCGCCUUCAUGGAUUCAUCUCCAAAUGAUGACUACAGUACAGAUCACUCGCUGUUCAACUCCUCGGCCAGCGUCGCUCUUCACCAGCAGGAGGCGCCACAGCGGGUUUCCCGCGAUGCCAUCUGGCUCUGGAUCGCCAUUUCUGCCACCAUCGCUAACAUCGUGGUGGUCGGAGUCGUCUACGCCUGCACCUUCUGAAACAAGGAACUUUGGGAAAUGAGUGUAGGUUCGCACUCAACACCUUUGCACUGAUCUUUUCUUUUUUAUUUAAACACAAAUGGAGAUGUUUCUGGAUUCAUCUGAUAUUUUUUGUUGCUACAAAGCAAUGGGAACUUUAUUAUUUUCUGAUCAGCUGUCACACUUUAUAUAUAUAUACAAGUACUUAAUGUAAGUAGUAAGUUCAGCUAAAUAAACACGGUUAAUUAACACUCUGAAAUUUUUACUCUACAGACCUGUAAUGCUACAGACUGAUGAAUUAAUCUGGAUUAAAAUCAUAAAAUGAGUCAGUAGUCACUUUGAAUCCAGUCCAGGAUUUACAUCUGCUCCUUUCACACGAAUCCUAUCCUGAUUAGAAUCAGAACACCUUUCACUCAUCUGAAAUCUGAUUUAUAUUCAAACAUCAUGCUCCAAACAUCAUGCUCCAAACAUCAGACUCUAAACAUCAGGCUCCACACAUCAGGCUCCACACAUCAGACUCCACACAUCAGACUCCACACAUCAGACUCCACACAUCAGGCUCCAAACAUCAGGCUCCAAACAUCAGGCUCCAAACAUCAGGCUCCAAACAUCUGGCUCCACACAUCAGGCUCCACACAUCUGGCUCCAAACAUCUGGCUCCACAACUCCAACAGGACCCUGAAAUACACAACAUUUAAAACUCUUAGCAAAGCAGCAACUGAUAUUUAUUUAUGUUAAGUAAUUUGAAAUUUUUUAAAAAAUUUUAAAAUCCUAGAACAGGGUUUGUAAACUUAAACACAUUGUGCUGCUUGGAAUAAAUUUUCAAAUGCUAGAAACUCAAAAUAAAUUCUUCAUAAAAAAAAGAGAAAAUAGUGAGCUUCAGAUUUUCAGAAAUAAAGCACAUUCCCUCACACAACAUUCAUUUAUUUAUUUCUUUGUUUGCUUGUUUGUUUGUUUGUUUGUUUUACACACCAUUGUUGAGAUGGUUCUUACACACACACACACACACACAUAUUUCAUUCUGUUAAUUAUUUUCUUUAAUAGCUGAUAUAAUAAGUUAUGAUGAAUAUCACACUACACAACAUUACGCUAAUAUUGUACGGUAAUUUAUUUUGUUUGUUUAUUGUUUACAAGAACAGGGUGUUGAUUUUGUAUAUUUAAUGUAUUAUAUUUCUUUAACAUUUUAACUAUUUCUAUUGUUGUAGUUUAAGUGCAAUUUAGCUGCGAGGUUCUGACUAUUUUUAUGGCGCUGUAAUGAUUUUCUGUUCACAAAACAAACAGAAGAAAAACUUGUGUAAGAUUUAUGAAUAUUUUGUAUAUAUUUGAUAUUUUGUCCUUUAGUAGGCUGAAUGUGUAUUUAUGUAUUUUCUGAAGCUUUAAAUGUAUAGAAUACACAGAGUAAUAUUUUAUCUUUUUGUCUCUGCUUCAGUUUGUUGAUGAAUUUUGAUAUAAAA